ACAACCCACACCCACCCACCCAUCCGCCAUGAUCUGAAAAUUUACGAAUCUCUCUCGGCGCGAUCCGAAAAUCCCCCAAAGUCCUCGCGCUUCCAGACCCAACCGCCGGUUUGAAAAUUUUCCGAACCCGAUCGGAUCUAGCCGCCUCGCCCCCAGCCCGCCGCGAGCGCGCCGCUGCCCCACGGAUCCGCCUCCCCUCCUCGCCGGCGUCGACCGAUGGCGGUGCUCGGGCGGCCCACGAAGCGGGCGCGGCGCGGGCGGGUGCUGGCGGAGCCCUGCCUCCUCGACCUGCGGGCGUUCCCCGGCCGGAAGGAGCGGGCCGGCGCCGCGUCGUUCCGCGCCAGCGUGCGGGGGUUCCUGUCCCGGCACGCGUCGCCGGCGCCGCCGCCCGCGGAGUGGGAGCAGGGCGGCGUGCUGGGCGACGCCGGCGCGGUGUGGCAGGUAGGUUUCCGUGUAGGCGAGGAGGGCGAGGCCUCGGUCGUGGCCAUGGAUGUGGUCGAGGAGGACGUGCCCAGGGCCAGGCGCGUCCACUGUGACCACUGUACGGUUGCUGGCUGGAGCAGGCACCCAGUUUGUGGGAAGAAGUUUCACUUCAUAAUUCGGAAUGACAAAACGGCCAGCUGCAAAACCUGCCGGCGUUGUGGCCUGAUGGUUCAAUUGUUUGAGACAAGGUGCCCGGCGUGCAGUCACGGUUCUGCGUUACCCCAUGAUGGAUCUGAAGAUUGGGACUAUGCCCAGAUUGACGAUCCGCGGCAUUUGCUACAUGGCAUAGUACAUGAAAAUGGGUUUGGCCAUCUUGUACGAAUUAACGGCCAUGAAGGUGGCUCCAGCCUCUUGACAGGAUACCAACUGAUGGACUUUUGGGAUCGUCUUUGCACAUACCUAAGAGUCAGAAAGGUUUCAGUGUUGGAUGUCUCGAAGAAGUUUGAAGUUGACUACCGAGUUCUACAUGCCAUUGCCACUGGCUGUUCUUGGUACGGGCAGUGGGGAUUCAAACUUGGAAGUGGGAGCUUCGGAAUUACAUCUGAAACCUACAGCAAAGCCACUGAAAACCUCUCCUCAGUAUCACUCUCUCACUUCUUUCCGCCCUCCCGAUAUCCUCGAAACCAACUGCAGGAUACCAUUGCAUUCUAUCAAUCGCUCUCAAAGCGCCCUCUCACAACAUUCCGUAAUCUGUUCCUCUAUGUCUUGGGGCUUGCUGCUGGCAAGAGUGUGCAUACCCACCUUGUGACAAUGCACAAGAGGGAGCUAGCAUAUGAUGCCAAUUUCAAAGACGAAAACUGGGCUGAUGAGAAAAUAAAGCAAGCGAUGGAUGUUGCGCUGAAAGUUCUCCGUGCUGCAGAUAGGUGGGUGGCUAUGCGAACCCUAAAGGCAGCUACAGCUCAUCCAAUUGGUUCACCACAGCUGGUCGAUUACUGCCUCAAGACCAUUGGUGGUACAAGAACCUAUGAUGGGAUGGUUGUUGUAGUUCGAUGCAACAGUGAGACAAACACAAUAGAGUAUAGGCUCACAAAUGAAAUCUUGCCGCCAAAGAAUGCGAGCAUGCCAACUCGGGAACACCUUUUCCGUGACAUCAAGUUCCUCUAUGAUACGCUCCUCAACCCUCAUACAAUGCAACCUUAUAAGCCAGAACAUAUUCAUGAACAUGCCAACAGAUCUGCGAUGGUCCUUUUGGACUGCAAACAAUUCAUCAAGCAUUAUGACAUGGAAGAGGAUUUCUUACCUCAAAACCAAUCUGUGCUGCACAUCUGGUGCCAAGUGGAGCUAUUGGAUCAGGUUGGUGAUCCACCCAGCCUCCCAGCAGAACUUUUAACACUUCCGCAAACAGCUACUGUUGCUGAUCUGAAGAUGGAGGCUGCGAGAACAUUCCAAAGUAUCUACUUGAUGCUACAAAGCUUUGUAGCAAACCAGCUUCUUGAUUGUCCAACUGCAGAGGACACAACUCAAGUCAAGCUCUUAUUUGGAGCAAAAGGGACUGUCAGCAUCCAAGGCAAGUGUGUUGGAGGUGAGCGCAGGGUUGCAAUUUAUCGGAUGGAGAGGGGUGUAGAAAAAUGGACAGUUAAUUGUUCAUGUGGAGCGAAGGAUGAUGAUGGUGAGAGGAUGCUAUCUUGUGACUCAUGCCAUGUGUGGCAGCACACUAGGUGUGUUGGAAUUAGUGAUUUUGUUCAGGUGCCGAAGAGAUUUGUGUGUGCAUCUUGUAAAUUACUCCACAAGUCUAAGAUGUAUAGUAGUUUCCCUAACAAAAGAUGUAAGACUGGCUCUUUUAGUCAUGCCAGUAGUGGGUUGUGGAGGCCCAACAUCAGUUAACAUGUACAUAUCGACAACAAUGAGUUCCUAAUAUGACAGAUGCAAGUUUUGCA